UUUUUUUUUCUUCUUCUUCUUUCUUUCCUGAUGGGUUUUUAUCUUCUUGUCUUCUACUCUUCGAUCUCUUACUAUGCAUUAUCUUUAUCAUCCAUAGACCCCCCCCCUUUCUUGCAUUGGUUUAAACUCUCCUACCAACCCCCCACCCCCUCCAACCCCUCCCCGCCUCACGCCUCUCUCUCCUUCAUGUCUCUGUCCCGCACGGCUUUCUCUGGUGUCGCUUUGUCUCAUGGAGGUUCGUACGGUGGUCUGCGACCCGGUGCAGCCUCCUCCGUCGAAUGCACAGCCACAGCUUUCAGAGCCUCCAGGCCCGGAGAAGAAGAAGCGAGUUCGUCGAUGGCAUCACCGUGGUUUUACAGGCUGCUCUACUUGUCGCAGGCGUCAUGUUCGCUGUGAUGAAGCGUCGCCUUCGUGCAAGAAUUGCACCCGUCUAGGACUCGAAUGUGAUGGCAGCCAAGGCCGCAUGACAUUCAAGGUCUAUGGACCCCCACAACCGACCCCAGGCCUCUCCUCCACAGGAGCGAAGAAGCGAGAAAAGAAAGCCAAUCGCACACAGGACAAUAAGCAAGUGAUGAAGCAGGAGGGAGAUGGAGAGGAGGACGUCGAAGAACUGGUGUUGUCCCCAACUACUGUGGGAGAUUCAAGGCCGCCCGUGGAAUAUCGUUUCGAGGAGCCUAUAUCCUCUAUUGGAUUCAUGACGAUCGACUUGAGGAAGGUGAAACGGGAAGAAGACGAUGACAAUAGUGUGGAUAUAGGGCUGGUACCUGCCACAUCUACUGCAAGCCUAAACCCUUCGAAGUACUGUUCUGAGCAUGUCAAGCCUCCGAUCUUCUCCUUGGACUACAAGGAAGGCCGCUAUUAUACCCAUUUUGUGGACCAAGUCGCGACACUGUUGCUUAUUUAUGACAAUUCGAUCAAUAUAAAUCCCUACCGGAAAUACUUCCCAGAGCUAUCUCGGUCUUCGCCAUCGAUGGCCAGCGCUAUGGAAGCUCUGGGAGCAUUGCACCUGGCAAACACGUCCCGUGGAGAGCAGCGAAUUACACAUUUCCAACACGCCAUGGGCAAGUAUGGAGAGGUAGUGAAGUCUUUCAGGACAAGGUAUAAGGAAGCUGGCCAAGGCCUCCGACUGCCCGAUUUCGCCACCUGCUUACUAUUGGCUUUGUUCGAGAUGAUGGAUUCCCAGCAUCACAAUUGGGCUAUCCACUUAAAAGGCGCCCGCGAGAUUUACCGAGUCAUGUUCUAUCCAAAUGAUGAUCCAACUAAGGAAACUCAGCGUCUCGCUGAAAUGAACCACCCGCUUCGACGAUUCCUCGUUUCACUCCUAUCUUACCUUGAUGUUGCGGGUGCAUGUGCCACGAGUGAAGGGACGGUCGUUGAAGGCAGUUACUGGAGAACACUGGGUGGCGGCUGGGAGUAUAACCUGGGCAUUCCUAGUCUCUCGUCAGAGGCACCUGCAGAUAAUGACCCGCUACAUGAACUACGACAAUGCUGGUCCAUCAUGAUGGAAAUCCAGGCUGCUAUCAGCACAUUUGGAAAGGCGAAGCACCAGGGAUGGAUGUCACAGGAACAGCAAGAUUUAGUCUAUCGCGAUCUAUUACAGCGUUUAAUUCAAUGGCGACUCGAUGCACCGGACUGCUUCCAGAAAUUGAGCGAGCUGGACGACGAGGCCUUAUCCAGCUAUCCAUAUCCGGAUAUACUCGAAUACACUGGCUGUAUCGAGGCUUACGAGAAAGCCACAAACAUAUUUCUAUACAAAAUUGCAGCAGCCGAUCGACCUGAUAUCCAGCUCCAGGGAGAGAUAUUUGCUACACUUUCCACCCGAAUCCUAAAUUUGAUCAGCACACUGGCCAAGGACGUUGGGCGACUUGCUGUGCUAUGGCCUCUAUUCAUCGCGGGACGGGAGACUUGGGACGAGGUCGAACAGAAAUUCGUACGGGAAACAAUGAUUGAUCUUCAGCGAUACGGCUUCAAGAACGUGGAAAGAGGUCUUGAGGAGCUGGAAAAGACAUGGUUCAAGCAACGUGCCUUUCCCGAAGGCUGGGUUGAUACGAUGGAUGAUGUCCGAUCAUCAAUCCUCCUUCCAUAACGACAACAUUCAUGCCUGUUCUGAUCACAUAACUUGCGUUCUACUCUCUCCCCGCAAAUACAGACAUCUAUCUUGAUUUUAUUAGCGAUUCGAUACGGAAAUACAGGCGUUCGAGACUAGGAAAAGUUGACGGCUUUGCAGGGCUGGCCCUUCAAGGGGGGGGGGGUUUUUUUGUUAUACUCUAAUGCUUGGACUGCCCGGAUUCGGCUAUAAACAAUAUAUCGACAAUCAGGACUUUUUCUUUUGCUGCAAGGAAUUUAGGUUACGGUAUAUACGGAGGCACAUAUGGGGAAUUUCAUACUUUCGGCUGAUUUGGAUAUCCUCUCUUCUUUCUGAUGUAAGAUACUUGGGGAACCCCUUAUGAAGAAUAUAUUACAGUAAAACAAAACACCCCCAUUCAAAUCCAAAUGAG